AUGUCCGAAUUCCUAGGUUCUCGCAUCUCACUCAUAUCCAAGAGUGAUAUUCGUUAUGUCGGAACUCUUCACGAGAUCAAUUCAGACGAGUCUACAGUCUCCCUCGAGAAUGUCCGUUCAUUCGGUACCGAGGGACGAAGGGGGCGACCUGAAGAGGAGAUUUCUCCAUCCGAUCAAGUAUAUGAAUAUAUUGUGUUCCGUGGCAGCGACGUGAAGGAUCUGCGCAUCGAGGAACACCCCGGUAUCAAGGAGACAAAAGCUCCCGCUGUUCCGGAUGACCCAGCCAUCGUUGGAGCUCGAACCCGAGAUGCACCACCACCACAACAACCACCGAAUGCAGGCUUCCAACCUCCUUACCCACCUCAAAAUAACUUUUAUGGCCCACCUCCGGGCUCCUGGGGUCGCGGUGGAGGCCCUGGACCUAUGCCUGGACCUGGCUUUGCGGGAGUGCCCUACCCUCCCCCUCCAGGAUGGUUUCCUCCUGGCCAGGGAUUCCCACCUGGUCCAGGACCUUGGAACAAUGCUCAAUUCCCUGGUGGCCCCGGCGGACCUCCUGGACCAGAUGGAGCUCCACGAGGCCCUGCUCAAGAUGCCAAACCAGGCCCUGGUGCAGAUGCAGCAAAAGCAUCUGCGCCUGUACCAACCGAACCUAAGUCACUUGCCCAAGGCGGACGGCAACCGGCCAAUGCCCCUAAACCACCAGUGGACUCAAAGCCUACAGCUGAGGAAGUCAAGGCCGCCGCAACGAACCUGAACAAUGGCCCUGCGGCUGCGAAAAACAAGGCAAACGCUCGACCUGCGCCGGUUAUUCCUCUCACUGGUAAUGCUGCAAAGCCUUUCCAACUGCCCAAUGCAGGCAAGCCAACACCUGCUGGUGCAAAGGCUCCAUCAACUGCGGCGCCUACCAGUGUGGAAGACGCUACAAGUGCUGCCCGUGCUGCAGUAGCUGUGGCAAUGGCUCAACUUGGUACCAGUGGAACUACUGCUAUGGACAAUUUGACGAGCAAGGUUAAUGAGAUGCGGGUCAAUGCCAACAGAGGAGCGUCAAGUGGCCGUGGCCGCGGGCGCGGCGGACGCCAGGGCGCUGCCAAGGUCGAAGUUCCGGACUCUGACUUUGAUUUUGCCCAGUCUAAUGCCAAGUUCAAUAAGGAAGACAUUGUCAAGGAGGCUAUUGCUAGUGGCGAUGUCCCCGAAUCUCCCAGUGAAACAAUGGAUAAGGAGCUUGAGACCCAGCCAAGUAGCGGCGAGCCUGCCGGUUCUUACAACAAAUCACGAUCAUUUUUCGAUAACAUCUCCAGUGAAUCCAGGGAGAGGGCCGAAAAUGGCGGACAAAAGCCCGGUGGCCGGGAGUGGCGGGGAGAGGAACAACGCAAGAAUAUGGAAACAUUUGGACAAGGUAGCGUUGAUGGAGGAUACCGUAACUACCGCGGACGGGGACGUGGUCGCGGAGGCCGCGGUAGAGGUGGAUUUAACAGAGGCGGUCGUGGCGGUGGUAACCGCCAACAAUACCCGGCUGCCACGGCUGAACACUAA